ACGAAUGAUGAACUCCUUCUGGUGGUGUGGCAAGGGGAUGAAUUCUACCGGUAUCAAGUGGAUGUCUUGGCAACGCCUAACUAUCCCUAAAAAAUUUGGAGGUCUGGGUUUCAAGCAGCUUCAUGGCUUCAAUGUGGCAAUGUUGGGAAAGCAAGGGUGGAGAUUUCUAGUGCAACCGAAGGCUUUGGUUUCACGUGUGUUUAAAGCAAGAUACUUCCCAAAAUCCUCCUUUCUUGAGGCGGGGUUAGGCUCUAAUCCGAGCUACUGUUGGCGGAGCAUCCUUGCAGCCCAAGAUCUAUUAAGAGCUGGAGUUAGGCGACGAAUUGGAGAUGGGAGGAAAACUCUGAUUUGGGGUCCUCCUUGGAUGGCGAGCCAUGGUAAUUCAGUUGUGGAUUCAUCACCACCACCGUUUAUGCCAAACAUGCCGGUACACUUCCUUAUUGAUGAGCGAAGCAAUUGUUGGAGAAUGGAGGUGGUGCGGCAGUGGUUUCCUUCGGCAGUUGCGGACAGAAUUAUGAGAACUCCUUUCUCUGCUGCACACGAGGAUGGGUGGUUCUGGGCUGGUACUUUGCAUGGAGGCUACAGUGUUAAGGAUGGCUAUAGGAGGCAUGUUGGAGAGGUUGAAGCGGCAGCAAAUGAGGUGAACUGGACACGUUGUUGGCAUAUCCCAGUUGCACCGAAAAUCAAGGUUUGUCUAUGGCGAGCUAUCAAAAAUAUUUUGCCAACCAUCUCUAACCUUAACACUAAGGGACUUAACAUUAUGAAUGUAUGUCCUAUUUGUGGUUUGGGUGAGGAGACGGUUGAGCAUUUAUUCCUUCACUGUCCUUAUGCGGUGACAAUUUGGGCCCGGUUGGGUUUGCGUGUUAUUCGUGAAGGGAGCAUUUUGGCUCAUGCCUGGUUUCGGGAGGUGGUGCAGACAACCUCUCGGUCAGAGUUGCAGUUGUUUGCUGUGGCUAUUUGGGCGUUAUGGAAAGCCCGCAAUGCUGCAGUUUGGCGGUUUCAAGUUCCUACACCCUCGAGCACGGUAUGUCUUGUUACUGAAACUCAAAAAAGUUGGUCUAGGAGUACUUCUAGUCGAGCGGUUGGGCUGCCUUUACCAUCUCCUAGGCCGGUAAGAUCAGGAGCUUUCAAAUUGUUUGUGGAUGCAGCUUUAUUCCCCCCUUCUUCUAUGGUUUGCUUUGGGUGUGUUCUCUUUAACCAUGAUGGCUCUUUUUUUGCUGCGUUGAAUGGAGAAUUAGUAUGUGAGACUGAUCCAGGUUUAGCGGAGGCGAUGGCAUGUAGAAGGGCUUUGGGUUGGGCAAGGGAGCAAGGACUUACGGAGUUGGAGGUGUUCUCGGAUUGCUCUAGGGUUGUGGAUGCAAUAAAUGGAGAGUCUACUUUUUUGUCUCAUGUUGGUUCGAUUAUUAGUGAUUGUCGAGGCUUGUUAUCUCAGUUUAAUUAUGCUACUUUGUCAUUUGUCCCUCGAACAUCUAAUGUGGUAGCUCAUGUGUUGGCGAAAAGAGUUGUGAUGGAGGCUGGGGUUUGGUUUGUGACUCCACCUGAUUUUGUACGGCCUUUUUUGGUUGAGUGAAGUGAUUUCUUUGUUUUCAAAAAAAAAAAUAGUUUUGACUAGCUUAUAAGCAAACAGAACUACCCACCACAUGUGCUUCAUGUUGGUCUCUUAUUUUUCAUUGCUCACCAAAAAUAGAGAGACCUCCUCCUCCUCUUGCUCAAUCCCCGCAAAGUUUGACCUCUCUCCUUUAUUUGUCCAGAGUUAGUGUGGCAU